GUUAAAAUGUCAGAAGUCAAAUGGUCCCAUAACCUCAAAAAGUGAAAAAUAAAUAAACAUGUCCAUAUAUUUCAGCGGUACAUUUAGAAAGACCGGUGGAUUAUUAAGUGCAAUUGCGAAACAAUUAAAUCAAAUUAACUUAAAACCCGUAAAAAAAAUUCAAGUGCAGUUCGACCCUUUCCAUCCACAAUCACACAUACCUAGAGAAUUCCUAUUUCACAUCACCACCCCAAAGGUGUUGACAACAAACUAUAAUUGCUCAGUGAAAACGAAUGUAGUGUGCGAUCGGAGCGAUCCCUGGAUCAAACUCGACUUGGUGGAGUCUGGUGGCUCGAUUACAUUUUUGGCGAACAAUCUUACCGUUUUAGAAAUUUUGCAACAGAUCAACAAACACGUCAGUUCAUUAGUUAAGAAGGAGGAAAUAUCGGAUGUUAGUGCCACGUUAACAAAAACAGAGAAAAAGAAAGGCAAACGAAAGUAAUGGCCGUCAAAAAGGCAGACUUUCACUCGAAGUUGAUCGAGAACGUUUACAACAAUAUUCCCGCGUUUACGGACGUUUUUACCGAAGAAACUUUUUAUAUGUCUGUUGUCGGGUUUGUUGUAAGCACUUUAGUUG